CAAUUAAUUCGCAAUCAUUCUCUUGUCAAAACAGCUGUUGUCCUCCGUCACCGAUAAAAACAUUCUUCUUUCGGUCUCGAAAAUGCUCCCACUGGAGAAAAUCGCCAACCAAAUCGGUUACUUGGUGCUUAAAGAUGACGGCGCAGUGCUGGAGUCCGGUGGAGAGUUGGAGAAUGACGAACGCAGUGCAAAUAUAAUCAUGGGCUUGAUAAACAUGUCGGAAAGUAUUGAUGAGAACUUUAUGCCGAAAAGUGGGUGCGAUCGCAUCUCGAUAAUCUACGACGAUCACAGCUACACGAUUUGCAUGUCCAACAAGAAAAUCUACGUGGUCAAGAGGAAACACCCAAACGCCAGCCCCCCAGAAAUCGAAAACGGGAAUUUGAUGGCUUAGGAAACGUAGCUAGUGGGCAGUGGCAGCAGUCAAUGACGAAACCCCCUCACGCCUUGUUAAUUAAAUUAAUACUAAGUGCAUAGUCAUAGAAGUGGGUCUUUAAUCACUUUUCGAAAAAUACAUUUGUAAUUUGUUGCUCAAA